CAGGACUUAUAGGCGCGACGUCCGCGCCUGCGCAGUGGUCGGCUUCCUCUGACGAAGGUCUUUGGUGGUAGUGACGCCUCCUGCCGCCGUCCGGUCGGGGAGGCGGUGUGCGCAUGCGUGGCGGCCCGGCGGAAGGCAGCAACCGCAGCAGUGGGGCAGGAAACGCCUUGGUGGUGGCCUCCAUUUGCCACGUACGGCGGCUGAGAAGGCAGUCAGUAAGAGCGUUUGAUCCUAGAAGAGGGAUCCAAGGUCCACUCAGCCUUUCCAUUCUUUCAUAGGUUCCAUAUACUGCUGCCAAUUAUAUUGGACAAACAGCACUGUAUGGCGGGACAUCUGAUCUCCAGAAAGUAAAAGAGUAAUCUGCCCACUUUUCACUACGUUUUGCAAGACAGCUCUUUAAGAAGGAAGGAGUCAGCCAUGAAUGGACAGCUCGACUUGAGUGGAAAACUAAUUAUUAAAGCUCAGAUGGGUGAUGAUAUUAGGAGAAUUCCCAUUCACAAUGAGGAUAUCACCUAUGAUGAAUUAGUGCUGAUGAUGCAAAGAGUUUUUAGGGGGAAGCUUCUGAGCAAUGAUGAAGUCACAAUAAAAUACAAAGACGAAGAUGGAGACCUUAUAACAAUCUUCGAUAGUUCAGACCUUUCCUUUGCAAUUCAGUGCAGUAGGAUACUGAAACUGACAUUGUUUGUUAAUGGACAGCCAAGGCCUCUAGAAUCCAAUCAAGUAAAAUAUCUCCGCCGAGAACUGAUAGAACUUCGUAACAAGGUGAAUCGUCUGCUAGAUUGCUUAGAGCCACCUGCUGAACCAGGGCUUUCUACUAGCCUUCCUGAAAAUGAUGUUGCAGAGGGUAGGGAAGAAAAGCCUGCUACUACUGACUCGACUGUCAAGCCUUCUACUCAAGUUAUAGCAGCAAGUAUGUCUGCUUUUGAUCCAUUAAAAAAUCAAGAUGGAAUCAACAAAAAUGUCAUGUCAGCAUUUGGGUUGGCAGAUGAUCAGGUGUCGGGACCCCCCAGUGCCCCUGUAGAAGAACGUUCAGGAACACCUGAUAGCAUUGCUUCUGCAUCCUCUGCAGCUCACCCACCAGGUGUUCAGCCACAGCAGCCACCAUAUGGAGGAACUCAGCCACAAACUGGUCAGAUGGAAGGCCAAAUAUAUCAACAGUAUCCACAACAGGCUGGAUAUCCUGCUCAGCAGCCCCAAGCUCAGCCUCAGCAGCAAUAUGGUAUGCAGUAUCCAGCAGGCUACAACCAACAGACUGCGCCUCAGCAAGCACAGCAGUUCCCAGCAUACAGUCAGCAGGCUUCACAGGCUCCAGCUCCUGGCUUUGCUGGCCAGGCUCAGCAGUUGGCAGCUCAGCCUCCCCAGCAGUACCAGGCAGGCACCUAUCCUGCACAGAACUACACAACACAAGCCUCCCAGUCUGCCAGCUAUAAUAUGCCCGCAGCUUCACAACCUGGAAUGGCUCCAAGCCAGUCAGGUGCUUAUCAGCCAAGACCAGGCUUCACACCACCACCUGGAACUACUAUGACACCCCCUCCGAGUGGUCCUAAUCCUUAUGCUCGCAACCGCCCUCCCUUUGGCCAGGGCUACACCCAGCCAGGUCCUGGCUACCGAUAAGGAAGUUGUGUGCUGUUGAAAGGCCCCAGGUAAAUCUAAGCAGCUGCUGAUGCUAAUCCAUCCAUACAGACUCCAAGGUUCUUUAAAUGAAAUAUGAAAACUAAUGAAAGGCAAAAUAUUGUAUGGUAUCACUGUUGCUGUUUAAUUUGCUGGAAUAGAUGACCAAACAGAUCUUGUUUCCUGCUUUAAAUUGUAUUGGCUUUCUAGUUUAAUAUUGGUUCUCUGGAAACACUACUUAAAUGUUUGUAAAGUAAUGACAUUCUAGCUUGCCCUAUUAAACUGCUAGAUGAAAAUCUAGCUGAUUUAUCUGGCUUGUUUUUACUAAUAAAAUGAUGUACUAAAUUAGACCCACUUGUUAAAAACUAGGUAAAAUUGUAACAUGCACACAGAAAUUGAAUAAAACAUUCAAACAUCA